AACUUAUUUUACUUAUUCCUGCGUUGUCCAGUUAUCCGCGCUGUAAAGCAGGUAUUUUUUUUCUUGUUUUAUUUGUUUUAAUCGUGGCAAGGCCCAUUUCCUCCCCUUUCUCUGACCCACCCCGGCGCCCUCCCUUCACUCAGAUUGGAUACAUCCUCACGGUCAGGUUCUUCCACCUCAUGGCCUCAUCUGAUAUAAGUAGUAAGGGGAGGGCCCAACGCCUCAAAUUGUGACUGGAGGACUGCUAUUUCAUUCAUUUUCACAAGUAAACUUUCAAAGAGCGCUAUGGAGCACGUGCGUAGGACCAUGACAGAGUUUUGGAAGGAGCACUCCAAGGAGGCCACAGUGCAGGAGAUGAUGCUGGACUCGUGCGCCAUUGAGUUGACUCAGCAGGAACUGCCCGAAAUCUUGUCCAUACUGCCCAAUCUGGCUGGGUGUCGUGUGCUGGAACUGGGGUCCGGCAUUGGUCGAUACACCAGCCAUCUGCUGAAACGGGCUGACCACGUGACCGCCGUGGAUUUCAUGGAGAACUUUGUGGAAAAGAACCGGCAGAGCAACGGGCACCACAAAAACGUUACCUUCCUCCAAGCUGACGUGACAAAGUUGGACUUUCCCCCAAACAGUUUUGACUUCAUUUUCUCCAACUGGCUGUUGAUGUACCUCGGUGACGAGGAGCUGCAUUUGUUGUUAAAGAAAAUGCUGGUGUGGUUGCAGCCCGGUGGCUCGCUCUUCUACAGAGAAUCAUGUCACCACCGCUCGGGUAACUGUAAAAGGGAAUUCAACCCUACACGUUACCGCACCGAAAACCAGUACAACCACAUGACCGCAUCGGUCCAAGUGGAGGAUGAAGAAGCAGGUCAGAGGUUUGGUUUCGACAUCGUUUUCAGGAAGCAGGUCAAGACUUAUAUUGAGUUGAAAAACAACCCUAAUCAGAUCUGCUGGUUGUGGGAGAAGGUUGCACGUUCUUCAGACGCAAAGGAGACAUUCAGGACCUUCCAGAUGUUCCUGGACAACAACCAGUACACUCGGCGGGGCAUUCUGUGCUAUGAGAAGAUGUUCGGGUCGGGUUAUGUCAGCACAGGCGGGUUCAGCACCACUAAGGAAUUUGUAGAUCUGCUCAACUUGCAACCUGGCCAGAAGGUUCUGGAUGUUGGCUGUGGUAUCGGUGGAGGCGAUUUCUACAUGGCAAAGACAUUCGGAGUGGAGGUGCUUGGCUUGGACCUGUCAGAGAACAUGGUGGACAUCGCUAUGGCGAGGGCCUUUGCCGAGAGGCUGCCCUCGGUUGAAUUUGAAGUUGCUGAUGCCACGAAGAGGACGUUUCCCGAGGGUUCUUUUGACGUUAUCUACAGCCGAGACACAAUCCUCCACAUUAGAGACAAGCUUGCUCUCUUCAAACGUUUCCAUUUAUGGUUAAGGCCUGGGGGCCAGCUGCUUAUCAGUGACUACUGUUGUGGGGAGAAGCCAUGGACCCCCCAAUUUGAAGCUUAUGUCAAACAGCGAGGCUACAUCCUCUACACACCAUCACAGUAUGGAAAGUUCAUUCAGGACGCUGGCUUCUGUAAUGUUCAGACAUCUGACCGGACAGCCCACUUCAUCCAGACCAUAAAGGAAGAACUCCAGAGAGCUGAUGAAAUCAAGACUGAAUUUAUCGAGGAAUUCUCUGAGGAGGACUAUAGUACCAUUGUGAACGGCUGGAUAGGAAAAUUGGAUCGUUCCACCACCGGAGACCAACGAUGGGGCCUUUUUCAUGCAAGAAAGAACUGAGUGAUUGUCUCCAGCUGAAUGAUUAUCCAAUAAACCAGUGGGUUGGGCAGGUGGAAAACCCAGUGUCCUAUGUCUUUA